AUGACGACUACAACACGACCGGACAUCGCCUAUGCUGUGAGCUUUGUGUCGCGCUUCAUGAAGAAUCUCCAAGAAGAACACUGGGUUGCGGUCAAGCGCAUCUUUCGCUACCUACAAGGCACCAAGAUGCACGGAAUCUGCUACAAGCCAAGCGACAAGAUCGACUUUCGUGGCUACUCGGAUGCAGACUGGGCCGGCGACCUCGCUGAUCGCAAGUCGACGUCUGGUUACGUAUUCAUGCUGUUGGGUACGCCAGUGAGUUGGGGCAGCAAGAAACAGCCAAGUGUUUCGUUGUCCGUGAGUGAAGCCGAAUACAUCGCACUCAGCUUGGCGAUUCAAGAGGGCAAGUGGAUUCAUCGUCUGCUUUGUGAGAUCGUGAUGGCUGCCAAUGAAGAAGGACCGGAACUCAUGAUCCAUGAAGACAAUUAG